AUGUUCGACAUAUUCGCCCAUCUCUUAUCUUCCAUCGCAUCCUUCCUCUUCCCCCUCUUCGCCUCUUACAAGGCCCUCAAGACCUCCGACCCCGCCCAGCUGACGCCAUGGCUCAUGUACUGGGUCGUCCUCGCCUGCGCGCUCCUCGUCGAGUCCUGGACUGAAUGGAUUCUCGUCUGGAUUCCCUUCUACGCCUACAUCCGCCUUUUCUUCCUCCUCUACCUCGUCCUCCCCCAGACCCAGGGCGCCCGCAUCAUCUACCAGACCCACGUCCACCCAUUCCUCCAAGACAACGAAGCCCAAAUCGAAGAAUUCAUCUCGGAAGCCCACGACCGCCUCAAGGCCGCUGGCAUCGCCUACCUCAAGCGCGCCAUUGAGCUCAUCAAGACGAACGUUCUCGGCUUGCCUCCAGGCGAGCCCGAACCCGCCGCUACCCCGCCCCCGGCUUCUCAGUCCUACACCCAGUCGCUGCUUGCCCGGUUUAGCGUCCCUGCCGCGCGCUGGGCACCCGCCGGUAACACCGGCACCGACUUCUACAACCUCCUCGCCGGCGCCGUCUCGGCUGCCACCGGUGGCGGCGUGACCGGCCACCCACACCAGGACCUCUCCAAGUCUGGCAACCUCAUCCCGCCGGAGCUGCAGGGAGGCGAGCGAACAAGCUUCAUCGCCGCGCAGCGCGAGCGCCUGGCCUUCCUCCUCAAGGUUCUGGAGCGCGAGGCUGCCGUCACCGAGGGUCAGGUGCCUGGCAGGGCGGCAAGCAUGCAGCUGGACGGGGCAGACGACGACGAGCCUACGCAAAGGCCAUUGAGCGCGCACAGCGGGCUGAGCAAGUCGCGCAGCGAGACCGACUUUGAAAAGAUUGAUGCUGAGAGCGGGGCCGAGGACCAAGACGGCGAAGGGACCGUGAGGCGGAGACAGGGCGGGGGAUCGUCGUGGAUGCCGUUCGGAUGGGGCUCCACGCCGACGGCUGAGAAUCCCGACGGUGGGUCUAGCUCUGGCGUGCAGAAGUAG